CUUAAUUUAACCUCAGAAUUUUGACUAUUUUCAAAUGUUAACUCUUUCUCAGUGGUUUUUAUUCUUUUCCGUAAGAAACGGAAGAAAUCUGUAUGCGGAAGACCUUUAGCUCUUGUCACCAUGGUAACAGCACACUUAGCAAAGCAGCUAAUGCUAGCCCAAAAAAAGAGGAGUUUUUGAAGCUAGCUAACGUCUUUACGGGCAGCUGGAUGCUACGUUUGUUAUUCAAAAGCGUUUAGGGAAAGAUGGAAAGCUUCAAAUAUGACUCGGGAGCAAAAACUGUCCACGAAUCAGCGCAGGGUGUGGUUCUCAGAGCGGGUAAAGACCUCCCUGUUGUCGGCGACCUCAGGGUCCUGGACAACCUGCGGGCCCUGGAGGAGACCUGCCGGGUGUCCUCCUGCUUCUUCGGGAAAGUUCAGAAGGACAUCCAGCCGCACAUGAGGAGGAUUGUCACCGUAUGGAUGUUAAAGGUGUGUGAGGAGCAGCUGUGUGAAGAGGAGGUGUUUCCGCAGGCGGUGCACUACAUGGACUCUUACCUGAGCCGUUUUCCUAUCGAGAGGUCCAAGCUGCAGCUUUUAGGGGUGACUUGCAUGUUCCUGGCCUCCAAAAUGAGAGAAACUGUCCCCCUGACAGCUGACAAGCUUUCUAUCUACACAGACAACUCUGUCUCGGUCUCAGAUAUUUUGCAGUGGGAGGUGGCGGUGGUUUCCAGGUUAGACUGGUGUCUGGCCUCUGUGAUCCCCUCUGACUUCCUGGAGCCCAUUCUUCACGCUCUCCCUUUCGUCCAGGCCCCUCACCUCCAGCACAUCCGCCGACAUGUUCACUCCUACAUCGCUGUGGCAACAAUGGAUUGCAGGUUUUUGUCCUUCCUGCCCUCUACUCUUACAUGUGCCUGCGUGAGCACCGCCAUACAGAGGCUAAAGAUGGUGGACAGCCACAGCUUAGAGUCAGUUAUCACGUUUUUGGCCAGCCUGUUGGCUGCUGAUCUGGAUGCAGUCUUCUGCUGCUGCGAGCUGUUAGGAAGCGUGCUGGAGCUCAGUCUGCCUUCCUGUUUCCAGGAGGGAGUUGGCAGGAGAGAAGCACACAGUUCAGAGAUCAGCUGCACUCCUGCAGACAUCCAGGAUGUAAUCCUCACACCAUCUCAGGAAAUCAAGCUCAAACAUUCCUCCCUGCCAUGAACUGUUCAGAUGAUUUAAACUGCAGGCAGAAGACUAAAUUUGGGAAGCAGCAAAAUUAUAUCCACUCCCCAAUUUCUAAAUGUUAUUUUCUCAUUAUGAUGAAAACUUGUUGAAUUUAUAUAUUUAAAACAAAGAUCUGUUCUAAAAAGUCUGAUUGUGCUUGCAAAUCGUCUGUGAUACUAAGCUGCACUUCAACCUUGACAGCAAUGUUUGCUUACUUUCUACCGUAGUGUUUGAGUUUCUUUGUACCUCAUCUGCUGCUCUGAUCAGUUGAAACUGAUGUUGCUGCACGUUUCCAACAACUCUGACCUCAAAUGAGUCCAAUUUAAAAAAUUAACUAAACAUUCAUGUGGAUCACAAACAUUAGUCAGCAAAUUAGUUCUCUGUUGUUUUUUUAUUUAUUUCUUCAUCCCAGGAAUGUAGAUAAAACAAACCAAUGGCAAGCUGGAAACUUUGGCAAACACAGACAUCAUAAAAUG